UAAAGCACAAGCCGCUUUGCCGUGAAAGCGCCUGAGCCACACUUCUCUGAAAGACACAGGAGGGAAUACACAAUUGCAGAUUUCACCCACCGUGGCGGUGCAGAUCAGAGGAAACAACUGACUGAUAUCAUUUUAUUUGCAAAUAGAACUCUGUGCAUUUUUUAACCGCGUCGCGGCUCUUUUCCCCUCCCCUUUGCCAUUCCGCUUAUAUGGAUGUAAUUCAGAAUCUGUGUUAAUUCACGUGGGGGAUCCAGUUACAUCUUGUUCCGCUCCGGGUAUAUUAACGAGAGACCAAUAAUCGCCUUUGGACAACACAGUCUUGUUGCUAACCUUUGAACUGAAAGGAUCAAGUUCAGAUCUGGUUACCUGCAUUGGGACGGGAAGGAAGAGGCGAGAGAGAGCGAGAAAGAGAGAGAGAGCGAGAGAGAGACUGCAAUCUCAUUUGUGAAUCGCUCUCAGUGCUGCAGAUCCAGAUUGCUAUAACACAUGCAGUGCAAAUGCAGGUAAGGCACACACACAAACUGCGGAUGCAAAAACAAACUUGGGACUGUUGUGUAUGUUCAUAUCUACAGCCUUGCAAAUUGUGGGCAAACGGCUUCUGCAGUUUCUGUAUCGUUGCUUUGUGACUAAUGACCUUGCGCAGAGUUGUUAAAAAAAUCCUCUCCGGAGAAAGAGCUGAACAUUUUAGGCGAUCUCUGAAGAUGGAUUUGGGUGCUUUUCUGCCAACCGAAGGGGAUAGUCUAUGGACUGCUCUGUAAUACACGGGGUUCUUCUCCUAUCAGUUGUACAGCUACCGACAUUAUUGGGAUUUUUAAUUUUUUUUAAUCUUUUUAAAUUAUUAUUAAUUUUUUAAAGAACUGCCCAUUGCUAAGAGGAUUUGGAGUUUUCCCGGACACAAGCCCUUUGAAUAAAGCGAAUCACAUUUUUUUCCUGUGUGUGCAGAGAGGGGGAAGAAUAAAGCUAAUGCCUUGGUCGUAAACGGCUGAGAGAGAGCGAGAGCGAGAGAGCGAGAGAGAGAGAGAGAGAGAGAGAAAAGAGAGAGUGUGUGAAUUGUAGUUAACUCUAGUGUCGAAGAAGACGACCUGGGGGGCUUCAAAUCGCACAGUUCUGCUCCUGCUUUUAUUGCAAACCUUGCAAAGUGAUUACAGUAAAAUCAGAGAGGAGGAGGAGGAGAAGGGGGAGGAGGAGGAAAAUCCCAUCCUAUCUGCUGAGAUGAAUCUUUAAAAAGCAAAAUACACUGUCCCGUGAACUGUAAGUAUAUCGCAACUGGAAGGCAGGGAGAACAGCAGAGGAGCCAACAGCAGGGUUUUGACCACCAAUUGCAGCAGCCAUGAGACAGUAAGUUUCCAGGAACAGAAGGAUUUUAUAAUUGAUCAUCCGGACGCCUUUCUGUUGGCUUAUCAGGGGAGUUUACUGAGGGGCGGGUGGGACUGAGAGGAGGGGGGUUUUCGGUGCGAAGAAGAUGAGGAAGAUGCGGACUCUCCUUGGCUUUGUACAUUGCUGCUGCUGCUGCUGCUUCUUGCUCCUCCUGCCUCCGCCGCUCUGGGUCAGCCUAGCAGCGGCCAAGCAGCUCCUGAGGUACAGGCUGGCCGAGGAGGGGACCGCCGUCGGCAACGUGGCUUCCGACCUGGGUAUCGUGACGGGCUCCGGAGAGGUGACAUUCAGCCUGGAAUCGGGCUCCGACUACCUCAAGAUCGAUAACAUGACCGGGGAGCUGAGCACCACGGAGCGGCGCAUCGACCGCGAGAAGCUGCCGCAGUGCCAGAUGAUCUUCGACGAGAACGAGUGCUUCCUAGACUUCGAGGUGUCGGUCAUCGGCCCCUCGCAGAGCUGGGUGGACCUCUUCGAGGGCCGGGUCAUCAUCCUGGACAUCAACGACAACACCCCUACCUUCCCUUCCCCUGUCCUCACGCUUACCGUGGAGGAGAACCGGCCCGUGGGGACCCUCUACCUGCUUCCCACCGCCACCGACAGGGACUUUGGCCGCAACGGCAUCGAGCGCUACGAGGGGCGCCUGCUGCGGCUGGACGAGACCUCGGGCUGGCUCAGCGUCUUGCACCGCAUCGACCGCGAGGAGGUGAACCAGCUUCGCUUCACCGUCAUGGCCCGGGACCGGGGCCAGCCCCCCAAGACAGACAAGGCCACGGUAGUGCUAAACAUCCGCGACGAGAACGACAACGUGCCCACCAUCGACAUCCGUAAAAUCGGGCGCAUCCCGCUGCGGGACGGGGUGGCCAGCGUGGCCGAGGACGUGCUGGUGGAUACUCCUAUCGCGUUGGUGCAGGUGUCGGACCGGGACCAGGGCGAGAACGGCGUGGUGACCUGCACCGUGGUGGGAGACGUGCCCUUCCAGCUCAAGCCGGCCAGCGAGGGCGAGGGGGAGCCACAGAACAAGCGCAAGUAUUUCCUCCACACUUCGGCCCCUCUGGACUACGAGGCUGUCCGCGACUACAACGUGGUGAUCGUGGCUGUGGACUCGGGCAGCCCGAGCUUGUCCAGCAACAACUCUUUGCUGGUGCGGGUCGGGGACACUAAUGACAACCCUCCCGUGUUCAGCCAGGCCGUGCUGGAGGUCUCCUUCCCGGAGAACAACUUGCCCGGCGAGAGGGUGGCCACAGUGGUCGCCACGGACGCGGACAGCGGCAAGAACGCCGAGAUCACCUACUCCCUGGAGCCCUCGCCCCUUUCCUCGGAGGCACCAGGAGGCAUCUUCAGCAUCGACCCGGACUCGGGCGACGUGUCGGUGCAGGCGGUGCUGGACCGCGAGCAACGCGACACCUACGAGUUCCAGGUGACGGCCCGGGACAAGGGGGUGCCUUCCCUGCAGGGCUCCACCACCGUGGUGGUGCGGGUGGCGGACCGCAACGACAACGAGCCGCGCUUCAUGCAGGACGUGUUCACUUUCUACGUGAAGGAGAACCUGCAGCCCAACAGCCCCGUGGGCAUGGUGACCGUGAUGGACUUCGACAAGGGCCGCAACGCCGAGCUCAGCCUCUCCAUCCAGCCAGGCGAGCACGACCAGGCAGCCGGCAUCUUCUCCAUCGAGAACGACACCGGCACCAUUUACUCCACCGUCUCCUUCGACCGGGAGCAGCAGACCAGCUACACUUUCAAGGGGAAGGCCGGCGGACGGGGGGCGGCGCGAUUUAAAAUCCAAACCCUCAAGGUGCUGAACAUUGCCUGUCAGGGGCCUCCAUACUAUCAACUUUCAGCAAAGAUUGUCAAAGAUAAGAAAGCUCAGUGCGUAACAGGAAUCACUUUGCGGCUUGGAGGGUUGCAUCCUCAAUCAUAA